UUUUAUUUGUAAAUUAGCAAACAUUUUUACUCUCAGGUUAUCUUUGAGAAUUUUUUGACUUUCAACAUUAUCAUCAAUUUUUUUAAUUAUUCUCAAAACUAACGUCGUUGACAUUUUCAAGUUUUAAUUAUUGAAAUUAUUUGUAACGAUGAGCACGAAGACACAAAAAUUGUUUGCCCAGCUCAAAAAAUUGCGUGGAAAACCUACAAUUCCGUUUAAGAAACAGGCUCCUGUCAAUAAAAAAAAGUGCUUGAGUGACAAUCCUAAAAUUGAAUCCAAUAUUAAAACUACAGCAAAAGACAUGCCUAAGCGUUCGUACCGCAAAUCUACUCGAUCCAUAGCAGUUCCAGUAGAAAACUAUGAACCGUUCGCCAAAGAAAUAAUAGAAAAAAUUGACCGAUCACGUGCAUCUUAUUGGAAGGACCCUCACGAAAUACUCGUAGAACUGUUUUCAACACAAUUUGACGAAUCAUCUACGAAAAGAAAAGUCGAACAUGACGAUGAGACUUAUGUAGUUGAACGUCAAAAAAGUUACGAAAAUAUGGAUAUACAUCCUACUAAUUCGGUUAAGUCGACUGAACUAUGUAAUAGUUCACAAUCGUUGAAAAGGGCAAAUACAUUUGAUGGAUAUGAGCCAUCGAAGAGGUGUAAAUACUCAAGCUGCGUAGAGUUUCACUCGAGUAAAUACAAAGAAAAUAGAGUAGUGUUGAAAAUAAGGGCCACAUCUUCAACAUCUGAUUCAGACGACGAAUGGAAAAAUAAAGACGAUUCAGAAACUGACUAUGAUUGCGAUGGAUUUUUCUCUAACACAACACGGUCUACAGACGCUCUCGACGCAUGUAAAUCAUCGAAUAGACUCAAAUACUCGAGUAGCGUUGAGAUUUACUUGGCCCAACCUGAUGAAUUGGAAGACAGAAUAGUCUUAAAGAUUUCAAAAAUAAAUUCUUCGGACGAUUCUGAUUCUGAAUCUGAUUCUUCUUCUUCUUCAAGUUCUGAUUCUAGUAGUGAUUCUGAUUCAAGUUCUGAUUCUAGUAGUGAUUCUUCUUCAAGUUCUGAUUCUAGAAGUGAUUCUUCUUCAAGUUCUGAUUCUAGUAGUGAUUCUUCUUCAAGUUCUGAUUGUAGUAGUAAUUCUGGUUCUAGCUCUGAUUCUAGUUCUGAUUCUGAUUCUAAAGAACAUUCAGAACACGAAUAAAAUUUUAAUAGUUUAAAAUUAUUUUAUAAUCCAUCAAACAGUGUCGAAGAACAUUUUUAAUUGAGUUACCUCCCCAAGUUAUUUCAUGUAAUCAAAUUUGUUAAACUUUUAAAACUUUAUGUUCCUUUUAU